UGUCCCAUUCUCUUCUCUCCUUUUUCUCUAUGUUUUGGUAAACCACUUUAGGUAACCAGAUUGCUACUACUAGUACUACAAAUACAAAGAUGCCAUCAUAGAAUCUACCAGAAGAGGGAAAGAGAAAAAAGAGAGAGACUUGGUCACACACAAAGGUUACUUUUGUCUAAUUCAUCUCCACACACAUUGUGUUUUUCUUUUGGGCAGAGAUUAAUUGAGGCCCAAAAAAUGAAGAGGUCUCCAGCAACUUCUUCCUCUUGUUCUUCUUCAUCUUCCUCUGUUGGGUUUGGAGGUCCCAUUCAAUCAGAGAAAAGAAGGGCUAAUAAGCAUCCCAAAAGAAAUCUCAAUGUACAGAAAUGCAAGCAGAAUCCAACCACUGGUGGUAGCAGAAGAAGCUCCAUUUACAGAGGAGUUACCAGGCAUAGAUGGACUGGGAGGUUUGAAGCUCACCUUUGGGAUAAGAGUUCCUGGAACAACAUACAGAACAAGAAGGGAAGACAAGUUUAUUUGGGGGCAUAUGACACUGAAGAAGCAGCAGCGCGUACCUAUGAUCUUGCAGCACUUAAGUAUUGGGGCAAAGAUGCAACCUUGAAUUUCCCGAUAGAAACGUAUUCAAAGGAUGUUGAGGAAAUGGACAAGGCGUCAAAAGAGGAAUACCUGGCUUCUUUGCGGCGACAAAGCAGUGGUUUUUCUAGAGGCAUUUCUAAGUACCGAGGGGUAGCCAGGCAUCACCAUAAUGGACGCUGGGAAGCUAGGAUUGGAAGAGUAUGUGGCAACAAGUACCUCUAUUUGGGGACAUAUAAAACUCAAGAGGAGGCAGCAGUGGCAUAUGACAUGGCAGCAAUAGAGCAAAGAGGACUGAAUGCAGUGACCAAUUUUGACAUAAACAACUACAUUGACAAAAUAAAGAAGAAAAAUGAAGAAUGCCAACAAAUAGAAGCACAAACUGCAGAAAUAGCUCCCAACACCCCUGACUCUGAAGAACCAGAAGCAGAAGUAGUAGAACAGACAAUUACAAACACACCCCCACCUGAGAAUCUUCACAUGCAACCACAGCAGCACCAAGUUCAAUACACUCAUAUUCCUCCAAGUGAGGAGUUCUCACUAGGCACUGUUAUGGACCAUGUUCUGGAGCAGGACCUGCCAUGGAGCUUCAUGCACUCUGGGUUGUUGCCACAGUAUCAUCAUCAAGACCCAGACUUGUAUCUGAGCAAAGCAGAGGAUUUAAUGGGCAUGUUUGAUGGUGCAGGGUUUGAGGAUGACAUUGAUUUUCUGUUCAGCACAGAGCCUGGUGGUGAGAGUGACAUCAACAUCAGUGCAGGUUUAGAUAGUAUUGACUGUGGAGGAGAUGGUGCAAAUGGGGGUGCAGAUGGAAGCAUGGUGGAUAACAAGCCGCAGAAGCACCUGUUGUCUCUUAAUGCUUCACCUUCAUCUACAACAACUACAGAUUACAGUGUCUUGUAACUAUACUCUAUGAUGUCUUGGGAAGGUGUUGGUUGGGAAAUAUUGAUUAAUGUUCUUGAGAUUGUUGGGUUUGUUCAGUAUAUUGUUGGGAUCAAUUGUCAUAGGUGGAUGGGUGUUGACAUAGGGUGACUUGUGAAAUUGUUCAUUGGUUUACUUUACAAUCCCUUGUCUUUCAUUUUAGACUUUGAUUUUAGAAGAUCCAGAAUAGUUUUUCCCCUUUUUGGGCAAGGAGAUUGAGAAAGGGAAUGUUCUAAAGAAAUAGAACCCUUUGUUUUACAAUCAA